CAAAACAACUUUUUGGCAGAAUAAGUUCGGAAAUAAAUUAAAUAAAAAAUAAAUAUAAAGCACCAUGGGUAUGGCUGGUCUGUCGGAAGAUUUCAUAACGUUAACACAAUUAAAUUGUGUCCAACAGUGCAGUGCAUUAAUUUACAGCCCAAAGCCGCGUAACUAUUUAACGGCCGCAGCACUUUUCAGCGUAUAUUGCGGCGUAGUUAUCUAUCGUUCGUAUCGGAAUCAUCAGGCCAAAAUGCAGGCUCGCCGUGAGGCUGCGCUGAUUGCGGCACGCGAGGAAUUGCCAGUCUUCGAGGAGUAUACCGUGGAAGCACCAACUUUGGAGCAGCAGCAUUAUCCAGCCGAGCCAACCGUUCCCGAGCCAGCACACGUUGACGAUCCGGCGAGCGACGAGACAUCUUUACCAGCGGCACCCUAGGCCAACUCGAAGUUCCACUACCCCAAAUAUGUUUCAG